ACCCUUUCCCUCUAUUUCUCUCACACUCUCUGCACAACACUCACUACUCUCUCACCGGAAAACAACACAAACCCUACUCUCACUCCCAUUUUCCGACGAAAUGGCCGCCGGCAUGGACAUGUCACUAGACGAACUCAUCAACAAAUCCACCGCUCGCCGCAAAAACAACGCCGUUCACGGUCACGGACCAAACCGCCACCUCGCCGUUCGUAAUCCGGUCAGAAUGAUGCCGUACUCCGUUUCUCAGCCUCAGGAAGUGAUGAAAAUGCAGGUUGCGAGAGAAGAAUGGAGAAGAAGUAGUGUUGAUGUUCAAGAAAUGGUUUUGGAUCAUGGUGCUGUUCAAACCAAACCUAUCACUAAACUCUAUCUUUCUAACUUGGAUCAAAGGGUUACCGAUGAAGACAUUCAUCUGUUGUUCUUAGAAGAGGGUGAGUUGGAAAGAUAUUCCAUUCACUAUGAUCAGUUUGGGAGAUCAAAAGGAACAGCAGAAGUUGUCUUUACAAGGCAGUCUGAUGCUUUAGCAGCCCUCAAGAGGUACAACAAUAUGAAGCUUGAUGGAAAGACAUUGCAAAUUGAGCUUGUUGGAUCAAGUUUGGUUACUACUGCUGCCGCCACAACACCUCUUGAUAGCAUACUGGGAAGACCAAAUAAUGGCUUUGUAAGGUGUGGAAUUCCGAUUCCUGGUCUUAUGAACUCUGGAACAAGUUUGGUUACUCCUGCUGAUAUGCCUCCUGCUCUUGGUCGUAGUAGCUUACUGGGAAUACCAAGUGAUGUCUUUGUAAGGGAAGAGAGAAAGAUUAAUAGCUUUGCACAUGGUCAUCUUCCAAGAGCGAAGGUCCAUACACAAAAGGCAUCUUUUAAAGAUAUUGAUCAUGGCUUUGAGAGGUAUCGCCGCCGUGUACAAGCAAAACGCCAUAUUCCAAAGCUGUCUGUUGAAGAUCUUGAUGAAGACUUGGAGAAGUAUCGCUCAGAAGCUAAGCAGAUAUGCAAAAAAAAUUGAAAGGGAUAUUAUGAUUAAUAGGUAGAGAAAUUCCUAUUAUGAGUAAAUAAAUAGGUCAGAAAAGAAUUGGUUACAGGAUAAUGAUCAUAUGUCUGAGUUCUAGUUUGCAUGACUUCAAUUAAGUUAAUAUUAGUAUGCACCCUUUGUACAAAUUUGGGUCACUUAGUAUGUUUGGCCAACCAAAGCCAUUAUCUUCCAUGAUUUUUACUUGUUUUGGAUGGCGUGGCGGAGAUAUAGAGAAA